ACCCUAUGGAACUACCUAAAUCAACUUAGGUUUAGAUACUUACUAGGUAGGCACGAUUUGACGCUACCUUGCCUUCCUACCGGAGUGCCGGAAACAUCCAUGGAUACUUUUAACGGCUUACACAGAUACUUGCACACUUCGAUGUUGCCAUGUUUCUCUUUCCUUCUCCCCAACCGCUUCUCCUUAGAUCAUCUAGCUGGGGAUAGACUCGUGAAAUCCCCCGUAUUUCGUCCCUGAAGUCUCUCAGGUAAUAAAUCCGUUCCCGCCCCCCCAUUGCCUAGAUACCUCGAAAUCAUGUCCGUGCAGAGCCUCUUAGAAGCCUUGAGCUUCCCUUAUCACGAGCCUCGGCAUGGCUUCUGGGGCGACAAAACAUCUACCUUGAACUUUUGCGAAGAGGACUAUGUCAUGAGUUAUUACUGUGCUGAAGUCUGUAACACUCUUACCAAUGCCCUUUUCAUAUGGCUAGGCUAUAAGGGCAUCCGAGGUUGCAUCAAAUAUUCACAUCCUCCCAUUUUCUUCGUGACUUUCGUCGGAUACAUUGUGGUUGGCCUAGGGUCUACCCUUUUCCACGCCUCUCUCAAGUAUCCAAUGCAACUCGUCGACGAACUGGCCAUGAUCUAUACGACCUUCUUCAUGUGUUUUGCCACGUUUUCGUAUGCUAGGUCUACUCAGUUCUCAUUUUGUCUCGGUGCCGGCCUCAUUAGCCUCGCAUGGCUCAUUACAGCAAGAUAUUAUAAAACAAAAGAUCCCGUAUUUCACCAGAACGCUUAUGCAGUUUUGACCGCUAUUGUGGUAUUCUCUAACAUGUGGAUUAUGGAGCGAGUGCUCCGACCGGCUCUGAGGAUGAGGGAAGAGAGUAGACGAGAAAGCCGCGCCCCGAGCAGCCCGAGGCUACCGACGACCAAUGAGAUGGUGAAACAGAUGUGGGUCAUGGUUGCGACAGGUCUGAGCAUAUUCCUCGGUGGUUACCUUAUCUGGAAUUUGGAUAAUAUCUACUGCAGCACUGUUCGAGAAUGGCGACAUCGUCUCCGGCUCCCCUGGGCUAUUGUACUUGAAGGACAUGCUUGGUGGCACCUAAUGACCGGAAUAGGUGCGUACUAUUACAUAAUAUGGCGCAUAUGGAUUCAUCGUAUCCUAGACGGCGAGGAGGAUAAGUUUCGCCUUUACUGGCCGUCGUUCUUUAGAAUGCCAGACGUGAUCCCCAUAGAAGACACCUUAGACAAGAAGAGGGAAUAGAAAACUAGUCGAGGAUGUGUAUCACCGUACUCACCCACAUUUUCAGAGGAGCCGUACGCAAAAGCACCUCGGAAACGGUGCCUCUUUUCAAUUGAUAGACAGCGUUCUCAUUAAAGUCCAUAGAAGCUACACUAGAUGUCAGUAUAGAAGCUCCGUUACAGCGAAUUGAUCAUAUUAAUAGAAGCACUUUAGUACAGAGGCGCUAGGGUCCUAGGAACGCUAGCUCGCAAGCGCGGUUUCAUUGAACUGUAACAGAAGGUUCCAUUAAACAUUCCCACAUGAAAGGUUGUCACAAAGUACACGUACAAUGAUUGGGUAGAUCCCUACGUGCGGGGUGCCCCACCACCGGACCGGACUCUGACGUCUGAUCUAAAUCUCUUACGUUCCGCCUCAAGUCACAUGUGUGCAUAAAUAUUUCCGGUA